AUGUCUAUUUCCAUUCCCCCGUCCGCUACGCGCAGCGAGCAGCACCCGAGAGAGUGCCGAAUCCUGCUGGCCAUCGCGAGGGUACAUGAUUUGCUCAACGACGGAGAAAACGCCUCUGUCUUCUAUAAAAAGGUGCUUCGCCUGGACGCUUCCAACGUCGAGGCAAUCGCAAGCCUGGCCGCCAAUCAUUUCUACGGAGACCAGCCGGAGGUGGCCCUGCGCUACUACCGAAGACUGCUCCAGAUGGGGGCAAACAGCCCAGAGGUGUGGCAGAACUUGGGUCUCUGCCUCUUCUACGCCGCGCAGUACGACAUGGCCCUCAAGUGUUUCGAGAGUGCGCUCGCAGCGGCCUCCGACGACACCGCGGCGGACGUGUGGUACAAUGUUGGUCACGUGGCAAUCGGCAUCGGAGACUUAGGGCUAGCGUACCAGGCCUUCAAGAUCGCGAUAUCGGUGGAUAGCAACCACGCGGAGUCGUACUGUAAUCUAGCCGCUCUCGAGGUUCGAAAACAGAACCCCGAAGUCGCAAGGUCAAACUUAAAGAUGGCGCAAACACUGGCGCCGUACUUGUUCGAGCCCUUCUACAAUGCUGCACUCUUGGCAUAUAGGAGCGGUGACCUACAAGAGGCGCACAUGAUGUGCGUGAAAGCUCUCGAGGUAUACCCAGAGCACGGGGAUUCAAAACAACUGCUCAAGACUCUUCACGAUCACUUUACCGUGCUCUAG